AUGCCCCUCCGACCCUCUGCAACGCAGAUGCGCACCUCGACCAUCUUCGCCAUGCUUGCCCUCCUCGGCACCGCCAAGGCCGCCCACGAGGCCUGGUGCACCGCCGCCAAGGACGGAAGCGGCCCUCCGGACCCGCGCUUCACGCCCGUCUGCUGCGCCGUGUCGCAGGAGAGCAAAAACAUCCUGUACAACCGCGCCGUCGGCAAGUGCCAGGACAAAGAAGGCCGCCGCGGAACCAUCGACGAACGGGCCUUCCAGAACUGCUGCAUCGACAACGGCGUCGGCGGCAACUCGGACUGA